CUGUAGGCCCGGCAGUGGGAGGGUUAAUGCUGUGACAAUUUCACUUGUAAAAGCUGCUGCACUUGAGGCUUGCACUUUCUGUAUCUUCACAUGAGGAGGAGACACUCACUCUCAGAGACAGAAGCACUGAGAGAGGGAAGCUCUCUACACCACACUAAAAAUACUAAAAGAAUCUGCCAGACAAAGUCAUGGACCAAAACGCCACUACCAACAUGUCGAAGAAAAUGAACGCUCUUAGCAAGCAAAAGUCCAUGCCUGCUCUGAAGGAGAUGCCGCGGCAGUUCACAAAGAUCUCCUUCUGCGAGGUGGACGAGAAGGUGAAGCUGCUGGCAGAGAAGGUCUACGCUUCAGCACUGAAGGAGGAGAACACCAAAGAUGUUAUGUCCAUGUUUACCGUGCCUGAGGACUGCCCCAUUGGCCUACACCAGGCCAAGGAGCGAGAACUGCUCAAAGAACUGGCUGAGGAACAUUCUGCAGAGACCGUCAAGAGGAAGAAGAGCUUUAAACUGAUGCGUUCACAGUCAAUAUCGCUCCAGCUCCCUGGUGCUGCUGACUGGGCUAUGUCUGUGGUGUCCCCUCUGCUUACCCCUGACACUGCAGGACCCCCAGUCCCAGACAACAUCCCGGAGUUCCAGAGAGUCACCAUUAGUGGAGACUAUUGCGCUGGGAUCACAGUUGAAGACUAUGAGCAGGCAGCAAAAAGCUUGUUGAAAGCAUUAUUCAUCAGAGAGAAAUAUUCCCGUCUGGCGUACCAUCGCUUUCCUAGGACCACUGCCAAGUUUCUAAGAAGUGCCAAUAAUGAGAAAUUUAGUGAGGAAGAGGAGGUUCUGCCCGACACUGUUCCUAGCCCAACUGAGGGCCAAGACCCGUACAGCAUGGAGGACGUCCCACAGAACCUUAACUACCCCAUGAAGAUGAAGGAUGGGAUCAUAUACGUGUAUGAUAAUGCAGAGGCCUUGUCUCAGGAGAAGCCACAUGGUUUGCCUUACCCUGAUAUGGAGACCUUCGCUAUUGACAUGACUCAUGUUCUCGCCAUGAUCGCAGAUGGACCAACGAAGACCUAUUGUCACAGAAGGCUGAACUUCCUGAUGUCUAAGUUCUACCUGCACGAGAUGCUGAACGAGAUGGCUGAGUUGAAGGAACUAAAAUGUGUCCCACACAGAGACUUUUAUAAUGUCAGGAAGGUAGACACUCAUAUCCACGCAGCUGCCUGCAUGAAUCAGAAGCACCUGCUCCGGUUCAUCCAGAACACCUGUGAUGUAGAGGGAGAUCGGGUGGUGAUGGAGAAGGGUGGGAAGAAGAUCACCCUUAAACAAGUGUUUCAGAACCUGCACAUGGAUCCUUAUGACCUUACAGUAGAUUCACUGGAUGUGCACGCUGGUAGGCAAACUUUCCAUCGCUUUGACAAGUUCAACUCCAAAUACAACCCAGUGGGUGCCAGUGAGCUUCGUGAGAUCUACCUCAAAACGGACAACUACAUCAAUGGAGAAUACUUUGCACGCCUUAUAAAGGAGGUAGCUCAUGAUCUGGAGGAGAGUAAGUACCAGUAUGCAGAGCCCCGCCUUUCCAUCUAUGGUCGCUCACCUGAGGAGUGGGAGAACCUUGCAAAAUGGUUCAUCCAGCAAAAGGUUUACUCUCCCAACAUGAGAUGGAUCAUACAGGUGCCAAGAAUCUAUGACAUUUUCAGAUUAAAGAAGAUCAUUCCCAACUUCGCUAAGAUGCUGGAAAACAUCUUCCUUCCUUUGUUUGAGGCCACUGUAAACCCCCAGAAGCACAAGGAAAUGCACGUCUUCCUGAAAUAUGUCACAGGCUUUGACAGCGUGGAUGAUGAGUCCAAACACAGCGAUCACAUGUUUUCCUAUAAAAGCCCCAAACCUGAGGAGUGGACUGCUGAGGAGAACCCACCUUACAGCUACUAUCUCUACCACAUGUAUGCCAAUAUCAUGGUGCUGAACAACCUGCGCAAGGAACGUGGCCUCAGUACCUUCCAGUUCCGUCCCCACUGUGGUGAAGCAGGAUCCAUCACUCACCUGGUGUCAGCCUUCCUCACUGCAGACAACAUCUCACACGGCCUCAACCUGAAAAAGAGUCCAGUGCUGCAGUACCUCUUCUACCUGGCCCAGGUGCCCAUUGCCAUGUCCCCUCUCAGCAACAACAGCCUGUUCCUGGAGUACUCCAAGAACCCCCUCAGAGAGUUCCUGCACAAGGGCCUGUGUGUCUCUCUAUCCACUGAUGACCCCAUGCAGUUCCACUACACCAAGGAGGCGCUGAUGGAAGAAUAUGCUAUCGCUGCACAGCUGUGGAAACUCAGCACAUGUGACGUAUGUGAGAUCGCUAGGAACAGUGUGCUACAGAGUGGAAUCUCACAUCAGGAGAAGAAACACUUUUUAGGUGAGAACUACCUGCAGGACGGACCAGACGGGAACGACAUUCGGCGGACCAACGUGGCCCAGAUUCGCAUGGCCUACAGACACGAGACCCUCUGCAAUGAGCUCAGUUUUCUGGUGGAUGCUGUUAAGUCUGAGGGUAUUGCUGCGCAGGCUCUGUGAACAUACUGGAAACCAAAAAUUACUGGUCCAUUUUACACAACCAGAAAACGGUAAACUUUAAUGAAAAACGAACUAUUGAAAUAAAGGCAGGACGAAGGCGUUACACUUUCACAGCUGCACUUUUAUACAGUGAAAUACCAACGUAACUUCUGGUGGUGUGUGGCAUUGUUUUAGUAUAAACUUGUAUGAAUAGUAUGAACUUGUAUGAACAGAGGUUUGACAUCUGUAAUAAUACAAGAGUGUCUCAACUGCUGUUAAAGCAAGUUAAAAACGGCAGAUCAUAUAAACACUUAAAAAAAAAAGACCCUCACUUUGUUACAUCUGUGUAACUGCAAGAGAUAAUGUCUGGUUACAGUUAAUGAGAUGCACUCAGUAAAUGUAAUUACAUAUGUCAAAAGUGAAGUUUUGAUACACGUGCAUUUGUGCAUUUACACAAGCGCUACUACUGUAACCCAUCUGUAUAAGUAAAUUCAUAACUAUAAAUAGUUACAUUUUAUUACAUGGAUCGUUAUUUUGUAAUUACAUCAUUAUUAGAACCACUUAAUCUAAAAUGGGACGUGUUUAACUUAUUCGCAAUAUCAUGUAUUUUAAAUGAAUGUAAUAUUAAUAUAAAUUACAUAUAUGCAUGGUUUACAAAACAAAAUCUAAUUUUGGGUAACAAGAUGGGGGAAAGGUGGGUUGUAUUUUUUAUAAUAAUGCUAUAUAUCUUUUCUGCAUGGUUCAUUCAAAGGGAGUGGAAGCAGAAACUUGGCUGUAUAACCUUGUUAAACUUGUCCAUCUGUUUUUGGAAGGAAGGAUUAUAUUUUAUUAACUGCGGGACAAAGUGUUUGGUUUUGUUUGUCUGCGCUGUCUCUCCAUUACCUGUAUGUUCAUCAUUACAGAAGCACCUUACAAGAAAGAUUUGCAUUCUUCUGCCUUUCCACUGUGAUCUGCAAACGUACAUUGUGUGUUUUUUUUUUUUAAGUUUUUUAAAUAAAGUUUCAUACUGGGA